GCCCAUGGUAACCACUUCAGCACAGAGGCGAGUGAGUGAGUGAGUGGGUAGGGUUUCAGCUGUUCAGCGAAUGCUCUCUGGUGAUCUCGCAGUGAUAGUAGUCUAGAGCCUGUCGUCUAGGACACUGCAGGACCGCUUUGAAGAGCUCAUCAAAUGGCAAAGCUGAACCACACGGCAACUGAAUAGAGCUCCCUUUCAAAUAGGAAAUUACUUGUUGAUUUAUCAAAAUCUACAGAAUGCCUCACAUGACUUUGAUGUAGACACUCACCUGAAGAUAGUAAGGUGGUUGGAGAAGAAGACAGUUAGUUGCAACUUGCCCGAGGCAACCCCCCCCCCCCCCCUCCCCCCUGUCAAAAGUUAGGUCGUAAGGAUUUCUAUACCUUACGAUUCGCUUUUCAUCUUUCUCCCGAUGAAUAUUGGAAUUUCGUAGUGGAUAAAAAUCGAAUAGACACUUACAACAAAAAUGGAAGAAGAUCAAAAGUGGGGAGUUGUUGAUAAAAGUGUGCGGAUGACUUGCAGUGACCACCGUUGCAAAAAGCGCUUUUGGACGAAUUGGAAAGAUUUGUCCGGUAUAACUGUCUGCAUCGCAUUAUCUUUAUUGUCUCUUGGAUUUUGCGUUCUCGUUUACCUGAGUACAUCGGAGCUGAAGUCCAGGAUACUAAACCUGGAAAAACAGAGAGAUACGCAGCUCUCCUCGUGGAUCACACUCGAGCAGGUGGAACCCGUUGUCUUUGGACGAAUAGAUCAGAUUCUGGAAGAGAAAUUGGCGGCUCGACUUCCCAAAACACGAGAGACCAGAGAAGCGCCCCAUAGCUGUGUCUGUCCACCAGGACCUCCUGGUCCGCCCGGACGAUCAGGCUUUCCGGGUGACAAAGGAACAAUGGGAAUUCCUGGAAGAAUGGGGAUAAAAGGAUACGCAGGGGAGAAGGGAGCGCCAGGGGAGCCAGGCCUGUCUAUCAUUGGGCCACGAGGACCUCCUGGACAGCCAGGAACAAGAGGCUUCCCAGGCUUUCCGGGUCCGAUUGGGUUGGACGGAAAGCCCGGACAGAACGGCUUGAAAGGAGACUUGGGUCAACGUGGUCUUAAAGGAGUCGCAGGUGAACCUGGUCUGAAAGGGGAAAAGGGCAUAUGUGGAGACUACACUCACAGGCAGAUCUUGCCCAUCCCCAUGCGAAACAUGCCCCCAAUAAACCCUGUAAUCCUAAAGCGCCUCAAGCAGGGCGAGCCUGGAGCUCAGGGCCCACCAGGACCUCCCGGCCCCCCAGGGCCCUCAGGGACCUCUGGACUGAAUGGUGCUAGUGGACCGCCGGGUAAACCUGGUGAACCAGGAAAACCUGGGAAAGAUCUACGGCUCCUACCAGGGAUGAAGGGUGAGCCAGGCAUGGCAGGAAUAAAGGGUGAUGUUGGCCCCGCUGGUCCUGAAGGCCCCAAGGGACUGAAGGGAGAGCUUGGACUGAAGGGGGAUUUUGGUAUGCCGGGAAUGCCAGGGAAACAAGGAUUGAAGGGAGAGCCAGGUUUUCCAGGCACUCCUGGAAGAAAGGGUCAAGCUGGUAUCCCUGGUACACCUGGUUUUCCUGGAAAGAGGGGCUACAGGGGUGACAAGGGCGAACCCAGCGCAGCAGGAACUGGCAUCAAAGGAGAACCAGGGACACCAGGACUCCCAGGCCUAUCAGGAUCCAAGGGUGACAAAGGCGACCAAGGUCUCAAGGGGGAAGCAGGAUCUGAUGGCCCAGCUGGACCAAGAGGUCCUCCGGGUGCGGCAGGAGAGCCAGGGAAAUCAGAAAUCAUCAACAAUGAAAAUGAUAUUCGGAAUGUACCUUUGAUGGGCCCACCUGGCCCUCCAGGGGUCCCCGGAACACCAGGAACAAAGGGUGAAGUUGGCCUUCCAGGCCCAUCAGGUCUUGACGGAGAGAAGGGUCCUCGGGGGAAGCCUGGAGAGCCAGGUCCUGUUGGCCCAGCGGGCCCUGAAGGUCCCAGAGGGGAGAGGGGCCUGAUGGGUUUCUCAGGACCCAAAGGAGACAAGGGGGACAUGGGUCCCUUUGGAUCACCUGGUUUAGACGGCCCUACUGGUGAAAAGGGGGUUUCUGGACCCCCUGGCCCCAUUGGAUUACCAGGCACAAUGGGUCAGAAGGGCGAGUCCGGAGAUAAGGGAGGAAGGUCAGACAUGGUCUAUGGACCCCCAGGGCCUCCAGGUCCCCAAGGACCAGUUGGCCCCGCGGGACCUGAAGGACUGGGAGGACCAAAGGGGGAGCAAGGCAUAGGCAUACGGGGAGAGAAGGGAGCAUCUGGUUCGAAGGGCGAUAAAGGGGACAGGGGCCAUCUUGGACUUCCUGGAGCUCAUGGUUUAGACGGCAGGCCUGGUCGAGUGGGUUUAAUAGGACCAGUUGGUGUGGCAGGGCCUGCAGGACCAAAGGGGGAGAGAGGUUUCAUGGGAGAUUCAGGAGUCCCAGGACCAAUUGGUCCUCAAGGCAUCCCUGGUUUUGUAGGACCACAAGGAUUCAAAGGGAACCGGGGAGAGAGGGGCAAGAAAGGCAACAGGGGAACUAAAGGGGAUAAGGGAGACCAAGGAGCACCCGGAUUAGAUGCCCCCUGUCCGUUGGGGGAUGACGGCCUACCAGUAUCAGGGUGUUGGAAUAAAUGACGAUAACUUCGAGGUGGCACGUGUGAUUGUACAUAGAAUAUUUAUUUUUGUACUUUGUAUGUGCUUUCUUAUACUGAUGGAAGAAAAAGAAAAUCAUAACAAUAUGCCAGGAGUUUUGUACAGAUUGUUUAUUUUUAUUACUUGUUAUAAUGUUUAUGUAUUGGAUUUGAUUUUAUAGCUAUGCAUUAUGUCAACAUGUUUGAAUAAGGAAGAAUUGCAAUGUGGCUACAUACAGCAUGAUAUUUGUGCAUAAUGUGAAUGGAUAUUGCCUAUUAACUUAUUGUAUCAUGUGAUUUUGUUUUGUUGUGACCACGCUGCACUGAAUUGUGGGGCUGGAAAGAUGAAGUGUUGGCUUAUUGAAACAUCUUAGUUGAACCCUCUUUGUAGAGAUCAAUAACUAUGAAAAUGAAAGGCACCGCAAAUAAUUCCUGUCUAAAUAUGUACACAACUCAAGUCACGGUGACAGACAGCACUGUAUUUAGUCUGCACUGUACAGUAUAGCCAUUUAAAUCACUAGCACACAGAUACCCAUGGAUCUCAUCCGAUUUGAACCAUUUAGGAUUUCUGAUAUCAUAAACGCAUAAAGUAUCCUGAAUACCCAACAUGCCACACAAGCACAUUUUGUCGCUUUCUCUGAAAGGGGAUCUCAUGAAGGAGGUUUCAACUAAGAUUGCCAGACCAUUUCAAGCUUUAAUUGUUUCCACUAUGGCAAAACUUACAUUUUUAAAUAGAAAACAAAUAAUUAGCAUUUGCUGCUUUUUCACUGGCUGAGUAGUUAUACAGCCAGAGUGACCAACCAUUCUAAGCUAUAGCUUCACAUAUAACCUGACCUCAAUUUGUCCAAGUUAUCUGUAAAUAUUUUUGGGGGACCAAAUCUAAGGGGCCACCCCCUGCUUUUUCACUAUAAGGCUCUCUUUAACCAUAGGUGUUUGCCUUUUUGUUAGAACGUUAUCAAAUUGAGACCAACCCAUGUUACAGGCUUUCUCUUGGAUGACUGAAAUAUUGCUGCUCACCUUUAAGGCAUGCUGCUGCAACCAGCCACAUAGCCUCUACGGCCAGUGUACCUCAUCCAUUUAUUUAUAUGAAGAAAGCCAUUAAUGGACAAUAAAUAGAUAUUUUUUGUUAAGAAGAAACAGACUUGUUAUUUACAGCGGUUUCAUAGGAUGUAGUAGUCUAUGUUGACCUCGCUAACGGUGUUUAUAAAUCAGUAUUGAAGAAAUGGAUGAAGGGAACUGGAGUAGAGUUGCUGCUCAUUGUAAAAAAAAAAAGCUCUGUGUUCUGCUCUGCCUGGAAAUGUAUAGCUAGAUUAAGAGAUUGUCAGAUUACCACCCUCAAUAAAGUCUUUAUCAGGUUCUUAUACCUCAUAUUAGCGUGUGGCUUGUC